AUGGCCGAGCCAGCUGCCAGCCCGGUCAAGCCAGCCCUGACUUCUACUCGCUUAUCGACACAUUCGAGCCCAGCCAUUCCAGUGGGAUUGAAUGAAGCUGCAGUUGAUUCCCCGACCUUCCGAUCGGUGGCUGCUCACUUCGCCGACCAGGUCGAUGCAAUCGAACGAUGGCUUGACGGCUAUGUCAAGUCUACCUCCAAAGUUGUCCACGACAUCCUCGCCCUUGAAGAAACCAUCAACUCCUUCCUAUCUAAGAAUGUCCCCCCGCCUAAUGCUGCAGAUGGCACACUUGAUCCCGAUUAUACUGUGCUGGCCCUAAAGAGAAUUGGAGAUGGCCAGCGGGAGUGGUGGAUGUCAAUCAUAAGUACCAUGCGGCGCAUGGACGGGAUCAGCGUUGAACCUAUCCGCGCAUUCUUGAACGGCGAGCUGCGGACAUUCAAGGAAGUAAGGAAAGCUCUAGAUCAGGCGCAAAAGACGUUCGAUAGUACACUCGCUCGAUAUGUCAGCCAGUCAAAAACGAAAGAACCGUCAUCCAUACGCGAGGAUGCAUUCGCCGUAUACGAGACCCGAAAAGCCUACCUGAAGGCAUCCAUGGACUAUUGCCAGCUAGCUCCGCAGCUUCGCUUUACACUUGACAAGCUGUUAGUGCGCGUAUCAUCCGAGAUGUGGCGCGAGAUGAAGCGUUCACGGGAUGCUGCCACAAGUAUCAACAAAUGGGGUGAGGAAAUGGAGAGGAUCCGUGGCUGGUCUAAGGAGAUGGAAGGCUCCGAGGCUGCAUUCAAACGUGAAUUGCAGAUUGCUCGACGCGACAUAGGCGAAAAUGCUCUUGCUCUAUUCAAGCCAUCACGAGAAAUCGAUGAUUAUAGCGCCUCGACCGUGCCCUUUCUGGGCUCUAGGGGGCCGAUGAACGUACGACCGAAAGAUGAGUCUGCUGUCAUUUCGGAGAAGCAGGGCUGGCUGUUUCUGAGAACUCUCACAGGAAAGCCUGUCCGGGCCAAUUGGGUUCGCCGGUGGUAUUAUUGCCGUGAUGGCAUCUUUGGUUGGCUCAUCCAGGGUCCACAGGGCGUGUUACAGGGCGAUGAGAUCGGUGUUCUCCUCUGCAGCGCGAAGCCUGCUGUGCAGGAAGAGCGGCGCUUCUGCUUCGAGGUCAAGACCAAAUCUCAGACACUUUUGCUACAAGCCGAGACGCAGACGCAACUUGUCGAAUGGUUGGAAGUCUUCGAAGUUGCAAAAAAGCAAGCAUUCGAUGCGAGCAUGGGUCGCGAUAAUGCCUCGCUACCUGGCGGUAUUGAUCCUGCUUUUGCAAUCACUCCGCCGUCAAUCCCAGAAUUUUCAGCUCAUCUCCUCGGCCACCACAGCCUGCCCUACAAACGACUGGAUGAUGAUCCGUUUGUCACUGCGAAUACCCAAGCUGUGCCCGUCUCCAACGAAGACAACAAGUCGGCUUUGAGUGGCCACAGGAAGACCGUCAGCGUUGAUGUCCCACAUCUGUCUGUCCCAAGAAUCCAGGAGAAACCAGUAGCGGAGACAUUCCCUCCCGACUAUCCUAUUGAGCUCAAGAUUCAGCAUGCGCAAUUCAGGCUCCUUUUUCCAAACGUCCCACUUGAGGAGAAACUGGUACUAGUUUUCAAUGCGGCUUGGACGAGCACUUCCGAAGAUGGCUCUAGUAAAAAUCGUGGUCUUGCUGGAAAUGGGCGAAUCUACGUCACCGCCGAUAACAUGUACUUCUAUGGACAACAAAUGGGUCUCGUGGUUGCGUAUACCCUCACUCUCGACAUCAUCACCGAGGUAACAGCAGCUCCAGGCCGGGACUGCGACUUCAUCUUUCUGCAUUUGGGACAAGACAUGAACAAUACCGGCUUCACCCGUAUAACGAUUAAGACUUUCCUCGAGGACCUCCCCCUUCUUCAUUCGCGACUCAACCUUUUGAUUGACGAUCUCCAGGCUGAGGAGCCAAUGGAUGUCCCUGAGAUUAUCACAGCCCUCAAAAAUCUGGAAAACGAUGAAUAUGAUAAGAAGAGUCCAAGCGUCGAGAGUUGGGAAGAAGUAUCCUCAAAUACCCCGAUUGACGAUGGCACGCUUUCUGGGCGGCCGGUGUCGAGAAGGCUCAGAGAUGUCAGCGGAAGGCGGUCACAAAGAAAUCUCCUCAAACCAGCCCCUAAGCUCCAGCUACCAUCUCAUCCAGUAGUGUACGAGCCUGAGGGUAUGCAGAGAAAGGUCGAAGAGCGGCAUUUCGAGCUUAGUGCUAAAGCUUGUUUCCACGUGCUUUUUGGAGACAAGAGCUUCAUCUUUCCCAAGUUGUAUUUUGAACGUCGGGCCAAGGAGAUCGCUCAAGGACCUUGGGAGCUAGGCGACCAGGGCAAGAUGAAGAGACAAUUCAAGUUUGUGGUGGACUACGUGGAUAUGCUUGGGAGAGCAAAGCCAGUGAACGUUACAGAUACCCAAUCUGUCGACAUAUUCAACGAUCAUAUAACAUAUGUCGUAACACAUGUCAAGACACCUUGGCAUCUACCUCACUCACAAGCAUUCAAGCUGAUUACCAAGGUUGUGAUCACACAUCUGGCCAAGUCCAAGUGUAAACUAGCCAUCUACACUAAAGUAGAUUGGUCAAAGACACCGACAUUUUCAAAGAGCAUAGUCGAGCGACAAGCCCUCAAUGAUGCUACUCGAGACGCUGAAGAGCUAGCUGAAGUUGCCACAGACCAAGUUCGCAAGCUUGGUCCACACAGCCGGACGAAGCGUGCUAUUCAAGUCUACGGAAACAUUGGGCAGCAGGCACAAGUUGUCGUCUUUACUCCUGGAGAGACGGAAGCAGCCAAGAAGCCACAAAUCAAGCCUCGUACUCUGACGGAGAUGCUUUUUGAAACCCUACGCUCCUUCAUGGAGAGUGUGGUCACGUCUCUCAUCAUGUGGGCCGUUGGAGGCGUCAGAAAGUUCUUUAGCAUCGUUACCGCGAAUCGCAUCAUUUUACUUCUUCUAGGCUUCAGCAUUUUCACGAACGUCGUGUUUACUGGACGUCAGACCUCAACGUGGUGGUCAGAGAGGCGGGCAACACGGUUCAUGAAUCGCUUGGGCGUUGGUCCCAAUGUCAUGAUGAGCAAGGCGGUCUACAUUCGAGACUUUGAGGAAGCGGCUCAGGGGACAUCGGUCAGCCUUCUUGUGCCGCAACAAAGUCACUGCUAUGACACCUUCAUUGGAGUCGUGAAUGCGACUGACAUGGAUGCGCCGCACGAGGAUGCGGGAUCCGCGCUGACAUCGGCUACGAGUCGAGCCACAGCCCGUCGCAUCCGCCGAACUCGUCAGCGUCUGGGCUCGUACCGACAUGACUUGCUGGUGGCCAUGCGCAUCGUCAAUAGUAUUGAUCAAGAGAUGAUUCAGUCGGAGUGGGAGAACUGGUUAUCUGACGAGAACACCCGCUGCGAGCAGGUGAAGAUCAUGCUUACAGAGAGGAGAGACGAUAAGGAGGAGGCUAAUGCGAGGAGGAACAGCGCGCCGCAACAGCAGAAGGUGAUGAGACCGAUUGAUGGGAAGAGAAUCGAGGAGCUAAAGCAGUGGCAUUCAGAGUAUUGUGGCAGCUGCAGGACCGAUCGGGACCAGUUGCUGGCGCAGAGGCAGAACGAGAUGAUUGCAUGA